AUGUAUGAUUUUGAUGGUCAGGAUGCUGCUGUCAUCUGUUCAGCUGUGUCCAUCAUUUUAACGGGAUCUGGAUCAACUCAAUGUUCUGGCAGAGUUGAAGUUUAUCUCAACAACAGCUGGGGAACAGUCUGCAAUGAUGGCUGGGACUUAAAUGAUGCUGAGGUGGUUUGCAGACAGUUAAACUGUGGGUCAGCACUGGAAGUUCCUCAAUCGGCUCACUUUGGUGCAGGAACUGGACAGAUCUGGCUUGACAAUGUGAGCUGUUCAGGAAAUGAAAGUUCUCUAACUGAGUGCCAACACAGUGGAUUUGGAUCAAACACAUGUGAACAUGGUCAGGAUGCUGCUGUCAUCUGUUCAGCUGUGUCCAUCAUUUUAACGGGAUCUGGAUCAACUACAUGUUCUGGCAGAGUUGAAGUUUAUCUCAACAACAGCUGGGGAACAGUCUGCGAUGAUGGCUGGGACUUAAAUGAUGCUGAGGUGGUUUGCAGACAGUUAAACUGUGGGUCAGCACUGGAAGUUCCUCAAUUGGCUCACUUUGGUGCAGGAACUGGACAGAUCUGGCUUGACAAUGUGAGCUGUUCAGGAAAUGAAAGUUCUCUAACUGAGUGCCAACACAGUGGAUUUGGAUCAAACACAUGUGAACAUGGUCAGGAUGCUGCUGUCAUCUGUUCAGCUGUGUCCAUCAUUUUAACGGGAUCUGGAUCAACUCAAUGUUCUGGCAGAGUUGAAGUUUAUCUCAACAACAGCUGGGGAACAGUCUGCGAUGAUGGCUGGGACUUAAAUGACGCUGAGGUGGUUUGCAGACAGUUGAACUGUGGGUCUGCACUGAAGUUCCUCAGUCAGAUCACUUUGGUGCAGGAACUGGACAGAUCUGGCUUGACAAUGUGA